CUUUGAAGCUGUUCCAGUGACGUAACACAAGGGGCAAUGUUAACGUUUCCAAUUGCUUUUGGAGCGGAGCUACAAGUAAUUUUUCAGAGAAGAACAAACGGACUGGAGUAAAUGAACGGGUUUCUUUAAGCAGCGUUGUUUGAAGGGGCAGCAGUUUUGGAUUUGGGUAUUUUGCCAAUGGGGACUGAAAGCUAAAUCACGUUUGAGUUCCAGAGAGCGACGUGGGAAAAUUAUCUUGCAUUCAAAGGCAAACCGUGGAAAAGUCAUGGUAUAAGGAGCAAGAGUUUCGGGAAUCAUGAGUUCAGAAUUGAAAAAGCCACCAGUAGCUCCCAAACCCAAAUUUGUUGCUUCCCAGAAACUACAGCCUCCGCCUGUUGCUCCGAAGCCUGAUGUAAUUCUUUCACACACUGUUCCUCCGGCAAAGAGAGUCAAGCCAGCUGUGGCUCCAAAGCCAAAGCUUCCUAAGAAUGCAGCAAGUUCUGAAUCCCAGUCCUCUCAGGUAAAGAACACAAAGGAAGAACAAGUAGAUCUCUCAGAAAAUCUGGGUAUUUAUUAUUCUAAAAAUGGUCUGCAAAUUGAACUCCAGGAGAUGAAAUCUGGCUACAUUAUUCCUACAUGGUCCUGCCCUUUUGAUUGUAACCCUAACUGCACUCACUUAGAGCACUUCCACAAUCCUGAUAUAGCAGUGGACCCACUGGAAAAGCUUGAAGUAUUCCAUAAUGGUACUAGUGAUGGGCAGCUAACUCCCACUGUGCUGAGUAGCAGAGGCAAAUCAGCAACUGGAAAAAAUCAGGUGGUUCUGAAAGCCAGCUUCUUGGAACAAAAAAUAAAGGAUGUUUUGGUCCAAGCUGUGUCGUCUAAUAGUUACCCUUUUAAAAGCAAGUCUCAGGAGAAGCACAACAGCCAGAAGGACUCUCCAGAGAUCUUGGAUCCUGAUCUGAUCGGCUCUACUGCUGAACUAACGGAUAAUUCUGGAGGAAACAGUCCUGAAUGCAUAGAUAGCCUGAAUGUGUCAAAUCCCUUUAAUGAGCAAGACCCAGUUUCUGAGUGCCCUCAUGAUUCCUUUGGGGAAGACCAAGGUACCUGUGAAUCUCAUGUGGUUUAUGCCAUUUCUAAUAAAGCACUUCCAAUUCCUAAACCCCGUAAGUUGCGGAAUCCUAAACUUUUAAGGCAGAACUGUAUUCAGGCAUCAACAGAUGAGGCACCUAAAGAAAAUUUGUCCAUUUUAAAAGAAUCUAGCCUAAACAUCAAUUAUGAUGCAGUUAAAUCUCCUAAAGUUUGCAUCCAUGAACAGAUUGUUUCUUACACAAGUGGAGAGUACAAAGAAAUUUCAGGCAGUGUUGACACAGUGGCAGAGGAGGUUAAGUCUGCUUAUGUCAAAGAUUGUCGGGUGCAAAUUCCAUAUGAUAUAUCUGGCCUGAAAUUAAACAACUUAGAAAGUGGUGCUGCUUUUGAGGAUGGUGACACUUUGACCGAUAACAAAUCUCAUUUUAUUGAAAACACAAAUAGUUUUGUUCGUUGUAGUACUUUGUCUAUGAGCUUGCCUAAACAAGUCAAGCUGGCAUGUAACCUGCCACAGCAUAUAUUGAGCAAUGUUGUCACAAAUAUAAAAAAUGAGAAUACAGAUGAUCCUCUUGGAUUGGAAGGUUCCCCUAAAAUAGUUCCCAAGAAACCUCAAAGACACAGUUUACCUCCUUCAAACAUGAUAAAGAGAGACAUAUCUCCAAAAUUGUCAGAGAGAAAUUACCAACUGAUGAAGGAGGAAAAGAAAUCUAAUGAAGAGGAGAAUGUGGCUGCAGCGGAGAACAGAGUGCCCUCAGAGAGUACAUCACCAAAAGCUCCACAGGAAAAGCAUAGAUGGAAACUUCCACACCCAAUUCUGCCCUUUCUGGGUCAUCCUGAGUCUCCAAGAACUGGGAACACCCCUCGCACAGCUCGGCAUAUUAGUGCUGGUAAAUUCCGAUCAAAAUCUUUUUCAUCAGCUGAUGUUGAACGAACAGAUAUUGCUAUCAAAGACUUACAGAAGACUUCUUUCAGGAAGCGAAUGGCAAAAAUUUUAGACUUCUCUAGGUUACUGACUAAAGGCAGCCAGUCACUAGACAGCUCUGUAACAACAGAAGUCAACAAGGCUAGUAGCAGGGGAAGCCAUAGUUUGCAGGCAAGUGGCAAAAAGAACAAAACAGUUAAAGAAUUUUCUGCUGAAUCACACAGUCCUUCACUGCAGAGGCAAAAAAUAAAACUCAAAGGUCAGUGUGAAAUUCAAGCCAGCAGGUCCAGUUUAUCUGGUUCAAUAGGGGAGUCUGAAGGCUAUAGCCUUCAUCAAGAACACUCUUUGGAAUAUGAAAAUCUGCCUUAUUAUGAGGAAAUCCCUGAAUAUAUGAAUUUACCACAUUUAAAACAGAAGAUUUGUCUGUCAGAAUCAGUGACAGAUAUCUGGAAAAACUCUUCUAGCUUGGAAGACUCUGAGACAAGUGUGUAUGAGGAGCAUGAUCCUUAUGAUGCCUCCAAAAACUUUGAAUAUGCAAUGCGGCGAAACAUAUAUGACAGUCCCACACAAGACCAUGACUGCAAAGUGGACAAUCUACAUUCUGAUGAUGAAGAAAUCUCAACUACCUCGGAUGAAGACGAUUCCAGCUCAUCAUCCAGCAAAGGAGAGUUUGAUCUGCUGAAUUGCAAAGAGAAUGAAAUUGGAAUUAAAAAAACAAAAGUUGUUCACAUUGCCAAGGAAAUCAUGAGUUCAGAAAAAGUGUUUGUGGAUGUUCUAAAGCUUCUGCAUAUUGAUUUUCGAGAUGCUGUUGCCAAAUCUUCUAGGCUUUGUGGGAAACCAGUGAUUGAAGAUCGCAUUUUAAACCAGAUUCUUUACUACCUGCCACAGCUUUAUGAGCUAAACCGUGAUCUGCUACGUGAGCUAGAGGACCGAGUAGCCCAUUGGAAUGAUCAUCAGCGAAUUGCUGAUAUUUUUGUGAAGAAGGGGCCAUACCUUAAAAUGUAUUCUACAUACAUUAAGGAGUUUGACAAAAAUAUUGCACUACUGGAUGAGCAAUGUAAAAAGAAUCCUAGUUUUGGCAGUGUUGUCAAGGAGUUUGAGAUGAGCCCUCGAUGUGCAAACCUGGCUCUGAAGCAUUAUCUACUAAAGCCUGUACAACGAAUUCCACAGUACAGACUAUUGCUAACAGACUAUUUGAAAAACCUGGUAGAAGGAUCCUCAGAUUAUAAAGAUACUCAAGCAGCACUUAGUGUUGUCAUAGAAGUGGCCAAUCAUGCCAAUGACAUCAUGAAGCAAGGGGAUAAUUUCCAAAAGUUGAUGCAGAUCCAGUAUAGUUUAAAUGGCCACCAUGAAAUUGUUCAACCAGGAAGGGUUUUUUUAAAGGAAGGAACGCUGAUGAAACUUUCCCGUAAGGUCAUGCAACCUCGGAUGUUCUUUUUGUUCAAUGAUGCACUGUUGUAUACAACUCCUGUUCAGUCUGGAAUGUAUAAGCUGAACAAUAUGCUUUCUUUAGCAGGAAUGAAGGUUAGCAAGCCUACACAAGAAGCGUACCAGAAUGAAAUAAAUAUUGAAAGUGUGGAGCGUUCAUUUAUUCUGUCAGCCAGUUCUGCAGCAGAACGGGAUGCAUGGUUGUGGGCCAUUACCAAGGCAAUUGAUGAUUAUGCCAAGAAGAGGAUUACAUUUAGUGCCAGCAAAAGUUUUGAAGAGGCUGAUCAAGUAAAAAUAGACUGCAACACACCUUUGGGUUCUAAAGCUCCAAUUUGGAUUCCAGACCUUAGAGCUACAAUGUGUAUGAUCUGCACUUGUGAGUUCACUUUAACAUGGAGAAGGCACCAUUGUAGAGCAUGUGGAAAGAUUGUAUGUCAAGCUUGCUCUUCAAACAAGCAUGCACUAGAAUACCUGAAGAAUCGUCCUGCCAGGGUAUGCGACCACUGUUACAGAGAACUUCAGAAGAAAGAAAACCAUUCUUCUCCUAAAGUGGUAUCUCCCAGUAGCAAAUGUACAAGCAGUGCUUUGUCUUCUGUUCUCCAUAGCAUUCCUUCAGGACGGAAACAAAAAAAGAUCCCAGCAGCCUUAAAAGAAGUUUCUGCAAACACAGAAGAUUCCUCUAUGAGUGGCUACCUGUAUAGAUGCAAGGGUAAUAAGAAGCAGUGGAAGCAUCUUUGGUUCGUUAUCAAAAACAAAGUGCUGUACACAUAUGCAGCUAGCGAGGAUGUAGCAGCUCUAGAAAGCCAGCCUUUACUAGGAUUUAACUUGAAAGAAGAGAAAAUGCCAGAAUCUAAACUACAAAUCCAGCUCUAUCAUAAAAAUACACUAUUUUAUAUCUUUAAGGCAGAUGAUACGCAAACAGCACAAAGGUGGAUUGAAGCUUUCCAGGAAGCCAUGGUCCUUUAAUGGUUUGCAGUUUGCCGAAUCUUGUAAAUUCUGUUUUGUAUAUAUUUUUUUUGCUUAUAUUGCACAAGAAAUGACUAUAUUACAAGAGAGGAAAUUGCAGUAGUAGCUGUUAAAUUCAAGUGGAACACACCCCACUAGAAAUGACUUGUUUUGAGCCCACACAGUGCUAUAAUUGCAGCUUACUUUUGCAUCUUGUUGCAGGAAAAUUAUUUUUUACAUAAAGAAUCUCUAUCAACUACAGACAAUGUACAGAAGCACAUUGAAAUGAUUUAGUGUAUCCAUUUCCCUACACUGUAUAAAUGUUUUUUUAUAUUUGCUACAUGAAUAUUGUACAGUAUAAGCAGUUUAUUAGCUCACUUAUUCUGUCAUUUAAUAAUAUAAAACAGGUGCUGAAUACAUUCAUACAGUUUUAAGCUCUCCAAGAAGGCUGUUUUGUGUGCAUCCCCUUCGGUUUGCUUUGAGAGACAAUGAAACAUUAGGCAGUCUCUUGUGAAGCUUGCGAUUUAGCUGUAAAUGGCAUUUUGCUUUACUGUACGAAAUGCCAAAGAUGCUUUAGAUAUGUCUGUGAGUGUUCACAAACUAACUGUCAUCUUAAAUCUAACAACAAGGCAAUUUGUUGUGGGCUUCUAGUAAUACAUUUCAUUGUGCACUGAAUGAGAAACUGGAAUAUAAGCCAAUGUCCAUAGUAAUGUUUAGCGUACUGUUUUAUUUAAGAACAAAAACAGCCGUAAAUGCUGUUGCUUUCUUUGCACAUUCUAAUUGUUUCUUUUGUGUAAAUAGUAUCUAUCUUGUUAAUUUCUGUUUCUAUAUGUUGUCUUGAUAUUAUAUUUUUGUAAUGAUCAGAUCAGAGGUCCUAAAAGGAAAACCAUGCUGCUACAUUUUACAACCACAAUAUUUUUAACAAGUACAUUUUAUAAAAUAAUAUAGAUAUUAUGUGUUCCUUUCCAUAAACAACUUAUAAUAUUAUACAGAGCCUUAUUAAAUACUUCAAAAAGCUUACAAAUUGUAUUUAUUUUGAGUUUAAAAGGAUUUGGAAUGUUACAUUUUUAAUCUUUAUUUUACAGAUAGUAUUUUAUCAGUUUUUAUUUGUUGUCCCCUCAUGUUUGCAAAGCACAAUAGCUUAACUCGCUUAAAUGUGUUUGAGUAUAAAUUUUAUAUUUAUUUAUUUUAUUGAUAUUUUUUUAGAAAAAGAUACUCGCUUCAUGUGUUAAGAACACCCAUCCCAAACAUUUCAUUAAAAUAAAUUUCCAAAAAUGGAAAGGACAUUUUUUUUUGUUUAUCAUUUGAAAGGUUUGUGUGGUUGUGUUAGACAAAUCUGUUAGGUGUUAUGUCCUACUGUACAAUAAAAACUGUUAUUAGAUUUAUAAUAUUUUUAUACAUAAUUCCACAGUGCAAAUAAUAAAACUACAGAACAUAAAGACCACUAUCAUUUUAGAAAUAAAAUGUUAAAAUGUUGUCAGUCGUUACUGAAACACAGAAUACAUGGCAUUAUUCCAAAAUCCUUAUUGGCAAAAUAAAUUCUUGAAAUGAAACUACUGCACAUAUAAACAUUUUCUUCUAAAAUACUGUAAUAAAGUUAAUUGAAUAGUUAAAUGUGAUCAUUUGUCCUUUUUUGUCAAUAUUAAUGGUGUGUUUUGCUUGAUUACACUGUGGUUAUUUUAUUACUAUUUUUUAAUACAUUGUAUAGAUAUUUUUUGAUCCUCCAGCAUUUGUAUAGAUGUUGAGGAGUUGGGGGCUGGAAGGUGGGAAGGUUGUGGUCACUUUGAAUUGCACUAUAUUAUAGAAUUGGGAGCAUUAAGAAAGUGAACCUUUGUUUGUGGCUGGGGACAUAACACUACCACUUUGUAAACUGAUAGAAUUGCGACUUGAUUCUAUUAAACUAUUUAUAAAGAUU